CUUUGAGUCUUUCCCUCUCCCUUCCAGGCCCAGAUUGAAGCCCACAAAACAACAACACAAACAAACGAAUAGGAAGACAACAACAUGAAAAUCGUCAAUAUUUUCUGCACUCUGGCUCUUGUAGCCACAAAGGCUUCGAACCCUUGGCAAGUAGCCGCAGCAGCCACCGGCUACUCGCUGCGUCGUCGUCAGCAGCAGGAGAGUAAACCCGUCACGACUUUUCCGGACGGGAUCUGGACAGUUCGAGGAUAUGGUUGGGUAGUCAACGUCACGAACAAUGGAACAGAUGUCAACCUGAUCGAAGAGACCGAAAUCAGCUGCAUUCCAAACAAUUUGCUCUUGCAUUUCUUGGACCUUGAUCGGGUUUUGGUCGAUGGCGAAGUCGCGCAUAUGACGGCAUCCGCAGCCAUUCUCACCAACUUUACUCUCGAUCGUACGGAUUCAUACAGGGGAGGAUGUAACAAUGGGAUUACACCAAAUGUGAACAGCAAUGGUGACUACGUUGAGGAUCCACUCCUUAGCUUUGAUAUUAUGGUUCAAACCUUCGCGGAGCACUUUGCUUUCUUUGACAUUCGCAACCUCAACUGGACUGGUCUUGCUGCGGAAGCUCGUGCCACUCUCACUUCCAAUUCCACUGAGGAAGAGCUCUGGGAGGCUACAACGGAUCUGUUGGAGAAACUUGAAGAUCCUCAUGUCUCUUUGGUUGCAGCGUCGGGUGAAGCGUUCCGAUCUAAGGACUCUGAUGAGACCACAACCAUGCUCUAUGAAGAGUUUGAGCAGCAAAAUGAGAUUGAAGAAUUUGAAGACUACAUCAACAGUCAGAUUUCCAAGUGGAGGGAUGCCGUAGCAACUUACAUGGUAGAUGGGAAGAUGUUUGGUGGAGAGCCUGGUGGAAUCGUGUGGGGGAGGUUCCAAAACUGCGAUGAUGCGGCCAGUGUCGAUUUCUCUCGUGUCGAUUCAUUGGGAGACGUAAUCGAUGAAAUUGACGGCGCCUUGGAUGUUUUGGGUUACUGCACACCCAAAAAAGUGGGCUACAUGGAAGUCCCAGCCUUUGCGACCGAUGACAAAGCAGGGUUCUUUGGGGCGAUCGAUUCCGCCCUUGAGGACCUGUCCGACACGGAUACCCUCGUCUUGGACAUUCGUUUGAAUCCAGGCGGCUUUGACCCAUGGGGGGUUCUCUUGGCAUCAAAUUUCGCCUCCACUCGGACCCAUGCCUUUUCCAAGCGAGCCAGGUAUGAUCAUGACAAGUUCACUUCCUGGCAACGCGUGUACAUCGACCCCGAUGAUUCCCCCAACACGAAUUACAGCGGAGAUAUUAUUUUGAUUACAAGCGGCCGAACCAUUAGUGCUGCUGAAACCUUUACUCUGGCAAUGUCCCAACUACCUCAUGUGACUAUUCUUGGCCGACCCACCAUCGGUGCCUUUUCUGACCAGCUCCAAAAGGUCAUGCCAAAUGGCUGGUUGUUUUCUGUUUCCAACGAAGAAUAUGCCGCCCCAGACGGAUCAAUCUACGAAGUUGUAGGCUACCCACCAGAUGUGCUCACCGAAACAGUUCUGGCUAGUCGUGCCGAUCGAGCCAAUGGAACUGACAGUUGGUUGGAUCAAGCACUCGAAAUGGCGAAAGGACCUGAUCCGCUGUUUUCUUCUGCUGCUGAUGCUUUUUGUUCCGGCUCUGCCUGGGCUGCCACGUUUGCCAUUGCUUUCGUUGGAUUGUUGAUUUGAUCGGCUGAUGUCCAAGCAGACUCGAUAGAUUGUCAUUCAUUGUAACAAAGAAAGAUGUGCCUUGUUUGCUCUAUAAAACAAAAAGGCAAGCUGAGAAUCACAUUCCUCUCCAAAUUUGGGAACACUUCCCUCAAACAGUGCUCCCAAACACUUCUCCUGAACACUUUCAGUAUUGUAUUAGUAUUCCUUCUGAAGUAUCAGUGGACAGUCUUUUAGUAUUUGCAGACAAUUUUCGUUGACAAUUUUUGUACCCUGAACACCACACCAUAAUGUACUGCAUUGCACCCUACCCCACCGUACCAUAAGAAUUAAAAGCUUCGGAGAUCCAGCAUUCAAGGAAUGCAAUAUAAAAACGUUUUGCACGGCAUUUUCCGCGGACCUCACCUUUAAUUAAAGCCCGCAAAGCGGCUGAAAAAUAUUGAUCGAGUCCAGUGUCAGGUU